UCUUUGAAUACUUCAUAUGUCAAGAUUUGAUUAAUAAAUCAACAGGAGACUUGGUUUAGAAAGGAAAACAUGAUUGUUCACAUUGGCAACCAAGUCUAACGACUAAAGUCUUUUCUUUUCUUUUUUUUCUAAAGGAAAAACAAACAAACCCAGAUUUACGUAUGCAUGGAUUGAAUUUUACAACCAAGAAAAUCAAACUAAACCCCUGCCUACGAUAUUCCUUUCCAUUCCCCGAUGCAUGCUUAUAUAUAUCCAUCCUAUAUAGCAUUAAUUAUACCAUUAGCUUUCUACAGUUCUUCCCCGAAAACACUGAACUAUUUUUCCUUUGAUUUCUUGCCUUUUUUUCUCUCAGUUUUCUGAAAAUGAAGACCACAACAGCUCAAUUUACAUACCCAUGGCAGCUUUGCAAAACUGUCCACCUGGUGAGGCAUGGACAAGCCAUGCAUAAUGUAGAAGGAGACAUUAACCGUGAAGCACUGUUGUCCCCUCACCUAUUUGAUGCCCAACUUUCCCCACUGGGCCUGCACCAGGUUGGUAAACUGCGGAACGAUGUUCAUGCUAGUGGGCUACUUAAGAGGAUUGAGUUAGUCGUAACUUCCCCCUUAUGCAGGACCAUGCAAACUGCUUUUGGAGUUUUCGGUAGUACUGAAAGCAACGAAGAUGCAGGUGUCAAUCACCCCCAAAUUAUGGCAGUUGAGCUUUGUCGAGACCGCAUGGGUGUUCGUCCUUGUGAUAUGAGGAGAAGGGUCAGCGAGUGUCAGGCUCUUUUCCCUUCCAUUGAUUUCUCAAUGGCAAGUUCCUUUAACCAUAAGAUGCUGAUAUAG